AGUGCGUUGUGAGCGCUGCUGCUUCUCCUUCCGUCUAUUUCUGCCGUCGCCAGUGGACUACCGCUGGGGUGGGCAAAGGGCUCUGAGGGUUCGUUGUAGUCGGCCGGCUUGUUUUUGCUUCUGCCGGUGCAACGAUGGCGCCGGUGCAACUGGAAAGCCACCAGCUGGUCCCGGCUGGAGGUGGGCCCGUCUCGGCCCCGGCUCCCCCGCCUCCCGGCACGGCGGCAGCCGCCGCCAGUCCGGGCUACCGACUCAGCACGCUCAUCGAUUUCCUGCUGCAUCGCACUUACGCGGAGCUCACCGUCCUCGCCGAUCUAUUGCCAAGAAAAACUGAUAUGGAAAGAAAAAUAGAAAUAGUGCAGUUUGCAAGUCGCACACGGCAGCUGUUCGUCCGAUUAUUAGCCUUGGUAAAAUGGGCAAAUAAUGCUGGAAAGGUUGAAAAAUGUGCGAUGAUAUCGAGCUUUCUAGAUCAACAAGCUAUUCUGUUCGUUGACACUGCUGAUCGAUUAGCAUCGCUAGCCAGGGAUGCUUUGGUUCAUGCUCGUCUGCCUAGUUUUGCUAUUCCAUAUGCUAUUGAUGUUCUGACAACUGGGUCAUAUCCACGGCUGCCAACAUGUAUACGGGAUAAAAUAAUUCCUCCUGAUCCAAUAACAAAAAUUGAGAAACAAACAACACUGCAUCAGUUAAACCAGAUUCUUCGCCACCGUCUGGUGACGACCGAUCUUCCGCCACAGCUAGCAAAUCUUACAGUUGCUAAUGGUCGCGUAAAGUUUCGUGUUGAGGGUGAAUUUGAGGCUACUUUAACAGUGAUGGGAGAUGAUCCUGAUGUCCCAUGGCGCCUUCUCAAACUUGAAAUUCUGGUUGAGGACAAAGAGACUGGAGAUGGUCGAGCCUUGGUUCAUAGUAUGCAGAUCAGCUUCAUCCAUCAGUUGGUCCAGUCCCGGCUCUUUGCUGAUGAGAAACCUCUUCAGGACAUGUACAACUGCCUACACUCUUUCUGCUUGUCACUGCAGUUGGAAGUUUUACAUUCACAGACUUUAAUGUUGAUUCGAGAACGUUGGGGUGACCUUGUACAAGUGGAGCGAUAUCACAAUGGAAAAUGUCUGUCCCUCUCUGUCUGGAACCAACAGGUGGUUGGAAGAAAAACAGGGACUGCAUCGCUCCAUAAGGUCACCAUUAAGAUGGAUGAGAAUGAUGUGUCGAAACCUUUGCAAAUUUCCCAUGAACCACCCCUUCCAGCCUGUGAUUCCAAGCUAAUUGAAAGAGCUAUGAAGAUAGACCACUUGUCUAUAGAGAAGCUUCUGAUAGACAGUGUCCACGCAAGAGCUCACCAGAAACUCCAGGAGCUGAAAGCCAUUCUUAAGAGUUACAAUGUCAAUGACAAUUCUUUUAUAGAAACUGCUCUCCCCACACUUGUUAUCCCUAUUCUGGAGCCAUGUGGUCGGUCGGAAUGUCUGCACAUUUUUGUAGACCUCCAUUCUGGAAUGUUUCAGCUAAUGCUUUAUGGAAUUGACCAGCAGACACUGGAUGACAUAGAGAAGUCUGUCAACGAUGACAUGAAACGCAUCAUUACUUGGCUUCAACAACUCAAGUUUUGGCUUGGACAGCAGCGUUGCAAACAAUCAAUAAAACAUUUGCCUACAGUCAGCAGUGAAACACUACAGCUAGCUAAUUAUACUGCUCACCCUGUGGGAAAUCUCUCCAAUCACAAGCUCUUCAUCAAGCUCACCCGACUUCCACAGUACUACAUUGUAGUGGAGAUGUUUGAUGUUCCCAGCAACCCCACACAGUUGGAAUACAAAUACUACUUUCUUUCUGUGAACUAUGCUGAAGGCGAUGACAGCCCUGCUACUGCAGUUCUACUUCAACAAUUUAAACCAAAUAUUGAAGAGCUGGUUUUGGAUACAAAAAGCGGGAAACAUGCAAAAGGUGGCACAAAGCGUAAGUUAUCUGGUGAUACGUGCCCCACAGAACCGAAGAAACCAAAACGGUCCGGAGAAAUGUGUGCCUUCAAUAAAGUUCUUGCUCACAUUGUAGCAAUGUGUGAUACAAAUAUGCCAUUUAUAGGACUUCGUAUGGAGUUAUCCAGUAUGGAGAUCCCACAUCAAGGAGUCCAGGUUGAAGGAGAUGGCUUCAGUCAUGCUAUUCGUUUAUUAAAAAUUCCUCCAUGUAAGGGUACAAGUGAGGAAACCCAGAAGGCUCUGGACCGUUCCCUUCUUGAUUGCACUUUCCGAUUGCAAGGUAGAAAUAACCGUACGUGGGUGGCUGAACUGGUAUUUGCGAAUUGCCCUCUUAAUAGCACUUCUUCUAGGGAGCAAGGACCGACCCGUCAUGUUUACCUGACAUACGAAAGUCAAUUGUCUGAACCAGUUGGUGGCCGGAAAGUAGUUGAGAUGUUCCUCAAUGACUGGAAUAGUAUUGCUCGAUUGUAUGAAUGUGUGUUGGAGUUCGCCCGAUCCUUACCAGAAAUACCCGGUCAUCUAAAUGUUUUCUCAGAAGUCCGAAUCUACAAUUAUCGGAAGCUAAUUCUUUGUUAUGGAACUACCAAGGGAAGCUCAAUCAGCAUUCAGUGGAACUCGGCUCAUCAGAAGUUCCACAUAUCACUAGGAACAGUUGGACCAAACUCAGGUUGCAGUAACUGUCACAAUACUAUCCUGCACCAGCUCCAGGAGAUGUUCAAUAAAUCACCAAAUGUUGUCCAAUUGUUACAGGUUUUGUACGAUACUCAGGCUCCAUUGAACGCUAUCAAUAAGCUCCCGACCGUGCCGAUGCUGGGAUUGACACAACGUACCAACACAGCCUACCAGUGUUUCUCAAUUCUGCCUCAAUCACCCACACACAUCAGGCUGGCCUUUAGGAAUAUGUAUUGCAUUGACAUUUACUGCCAGAGCCGUGGGGUUGUGGCAAUUCGUGAUGGAGCAUAUAGUCUUUUUGACAAUAGUAAAAUUGUGGAAGGCUUUUACCCUGCACCAGGACUAAAGACGUUCCUGAACAUGUUCGUUGACAGCAAUCAGGAUGCACGAAGGCGAUCUGUCAAUGAAGAUGAUAAUCCACCAUCUCCUAUUGGAGGUGACAUGAUGGAUUCAUUGAUAUCACAACUUCAGCCUCAGCAGCAGCAGUCUUCAAAACAGACAGGAGCACCAGGGGCUUAUCCUUUGACAUCACCCCCCACAUCCUACCACAGUAAUGUUACCCAAUCACCUUCCAUGAUGCUCACACAGUCCCCAGGAACUCUGCAUGCUGCAAACUCUCCAAGUGGUGCAUUAAGAGCACCAUCACCGGCAUCAUUUGUCCCAACUCCUUCUCCUUCACCUCUUGGAAUCACAAUGGGACAAAAUACAAACUUUGCCAGCCCACAUGGUACAAUAGAUCCUAGCUCACCGUACACCAUGAUGUCCCCUAAUCAACGUGCAGGGAAUUGGCCAGGCUCGCCUCAGGUCUCUGGUCCCUCUCCAGCAGCACGUAUGCCUGGAAUGUCACCAGCCAACCCUUCCUUACAUUCCCCAAUACCAGAUGCCUCUCAUUCCCCACGAGCCGGAACAAGUUCCCAAGCAAUGCCAACAAACAUGCCGCCGCCUCGUAAACUACCUCACCGUUCUUGGGCUGCAUCCAUACCCACAAUCCUCACUCACAGUGCCUUGAACAUUCUUCUGCUGCCCUCUCCAACCCCUGGGCUCAUGCCAGGACUGGCUGGAAGCUAUCUCUGCUCUCCACUUGAACGUUUCUUAGGAUCAGUUAUUAUGAGACGGCACCUCCAAAGGAUUAUCCAGCAAGAGACGCUGCAGCUCAUCAACUCCAAUGAACCAGGUGUGAUAAUGUUCAAGACAGAUGCCCUGAAAUGUAGAGUUGCCCUCAACCCAAAAACUAACCAGACAUUGCAACUGAAAGUGUUACCUGAAACUGCAGGGCAAUGGAAACAAGAAGAAUUGCAAGUUUUGGAGAAAUUCUUUGAAACCAGAGUUGCAGGGCCACCCUUCAAAGCCAACACUUUAAUAGCUUUUACAAAGCUGCUAGGGGCACCGACGCAUAUUCUCCGGGACUGUGUACACAUUAUGAAACUAGAGCUGUUUCCUGAUCAGGCAAGCCAGCUGAAAUGGAAUGUACAGUUUUGUUUGACAAUUCCUCCAAGUGCUCCACCAAUUGCACCUCCAGGAACACCUGCAGUUGUACUGAAAUCCAAAAUGUUGUUCUUUCUUCAGCUAACACAGAAAACAACAGUUUCACAGGAAGCCAUGAGCAUAAUUGUCCCGAUCAUUUACGAUAUGGCUUCAGGUACAACACAACAGGCAGAUAUCCCCAGACAGCAGAACUCUUCAGUUGCUGCUCCCCUGAUGGUUAGCAAUAUUCUAAAGAGGUUUGCAGAACUGAAUUCACCACGGCCAGGUGAAUGUACAAUCUUUGCAGCUGUCCGUGAUUUAAUGGCUAACCUUACAGUGCCCCCUGGUGGGCGUCCAUAGGCCAUUUUUAAAGAAAGGGUAAAAAUGAGAUGAAGCGGCAAAAACAUUUCUCUGAAAUAAAGCCUUCAGUCAUAUAUAAUGGAAGAGACAUUUUCACGUGUCACAUUUUUAAAGAGCUAAUACAAUGGAUUGGCCUAUUUUCAGGGAUGCACUUUCAUCAGAUUUUUUUGUACAGAGCUCUGUAUAAUGUUUUAAGGAGACAUUUCAAACUCGUAAUAGAUUUAUGUAUCCGCUUGCCAGUAAAUAGAGUUUAUUCUGUUUUAUACUACAGAGAUUAUGAAAAUGCCAAAUUUGUUUAUUUAAAUGGUUUUUCUUAUGUCUUGGUGUAAUAAUCUUUUUUUUAAAGGCAGGUCUGUCAUUUUUUGAAUACUGUAAAACUGUGACAAACUUUAUAUUGAAGCUGUAUUUUAAUAUGACUGCUUUGAAACAUUUAAAAAUUGGGCUUGUUGUAAACCCCCAAGAGCAAUAUUUAAUAAACUAGAUUUUAA